GAGACAUCGCGAGAUCAGCUGCCCGCAGACAAACACAUAACGCACCAAGCGGGGAAACGGGGGAAGGUGAAGCCCCCUGCUGCCUUUUUUGGCGACAGACAAACAGGCAGACAGACAGACAAUGUCGAAGCUAGCUACGAAGAGCUUGAGCAACGGCGAGUAGGGAGAGCGCACACGUUAGUGCGAACAAACCGAGUCCGAGUAGCCGCGACGCCCGCGAGUGACGCAUCAUCACAACCAGCCAGCUCCAGCUCGGAACGUAAUUGCAUCCUCCUCGCCUCCUUCCUCGUGAUGGCGGCGACCGUAAGCGCGGCCAAAGCGAACACCGAACGCAACAACGGCUGGCACCUUCGCCCGGACGUGCACUCCAGCGUCACCGGCAGCGUGGCCGACAAUGUAGCGACGGCGGCGGUGGCCAGCGGUGAGCGAUUCGACUGCGAGCUAGCAUCGUCCGGGGGUGGCAGUUCAUCGGGCGAAGCCAGCGAGGACGAGGAGAACGUGGGCCAGCCAGCGCGCAUCGGCCACGGUGACGAUGGUGUGGUGCAGCGGGCAGUAACAGCGCGCGAUCCACCACCGUACGCCGACGAACCCUUACUACCUUCGAACGGUGCCAGCAAACCAGCUGCCACCAGCAAAGGCAUGCCAGGCAAAUACAGCAGCAGCGGCAGCGGCGGCAGCGGCAGCAGUAGCAACAAUAAUCACCACCAUCAUCAUCAUGGCCACCACGCUGGGCACUAUCACGGUUCCAGUACGGUGCUGGAUCAGAUCCCGGAAUCGGACCAGGAAUCAAAGCGCAAGGGCACCAGCACUGGCGGUGGUGGUGCUGGUAGUGGUAGUGAGCAGCCACAGCAGCCGCGUCGCCCUUCGUUCGUGCUGCCGGCGAUCCCGGACCGGAGUCCCGGUGGUGACGUCACCGGGCCCAACGUGACGUCCCACCAGAACAAACCAUCGAUGCUGAUGGCCGCCAUCCGGCGCGGUUCCCUGGCGUGGCUUCCCGGGCGCCGCCACCAACCGAACCCGCACGAGCUCGAGUCGAACCUGGGCAGCAAGGUGUCACUGAGCCCGCCCCCGCCGGUGGCCACCGGUGCCCACUGUGAGCAGGCGAUCGAGUCGCGCCGCAAGAAUCGACGUUUUGGCGAUGACGCACUGAGCACCGCACUGUCCGCCCUGUACGCCAAGAUUGUCGUCAUCCUCGGCAUUGCGCUCCCGGUGACGGAGAUACUGUCCGCGCAGAUACCGGCCAACGUGUACCAGGGUUUCUACCUCUUCCUCUACACCGUCAGCAUCGCGUUCGUCAUCUUCGUGUACGGGUCGACGAUGCGCCAGCGUGCGGUGAUGACGCGCAUCCAGAGCUACCACGAAAAGACGAGCAACGUGGUGACACGGAAACGGGUACCACACUUUGGCAGCUUCUAUCUGCGCGUCGGUGCGAUCGCGUUCGGCAUCGGCACGAUGGUCUACUCCGGGCUCGAGUUUGGCCAGUACUUCGAGCUGAACGCAUCGCCCGGCUGCUCCAGCAUCUUCAUCGCACUGACACCGGCCGCCCGGAUGCUCCUGUCGCUCGUGCAGAUGCAGUUCAUCUUUCUCAACGCUUCGGAGCUCGAUAUGGCACGCCACAAGGUGUUUGCCCGGUUCGGCCUGAUGCACAUGGUCGCCACCAACCUGUGCGAGUGGCUGUACGUGCUGGUGGAGGAAACGAAGCACGAAAUUCACCACCUGGCGCACCUAUCCGGACCGGCCCACCACGACACAACGACACCACCACCACCAGUGACACCCGAAACGUCAACAAACCACACGCUUGUGCGGCGCUCGGUAGCUGUCAACCCGGACGACUACCUUGACUGCCAGCGGACCAACAUCAUGGGUUCGCUCGUCCAGAACGUGUCACCGUUCCUGUUUCCCUGCACCAUCGAGUACUCGCUGAUCUGUGCCGUCAUCCUGUACGAGAUGUGGAAGAAGGUGAAGACGAUCGCGGAGAUUGACCGGACGAGGCGCAGCUCGAUCAAGAUUGUGACCGGUGGUGGUAGCGGUGGUGGUGGCGGUGGUGGCGGUGGUGGCGGUCACUUUGCCUCCAAGUCGGCGCACCACUUCUCGGUCGACUGUUCCCGGGCGCACCGCGGUAUGUUCGGGGGCAUCCUGCUGACCGUGCUGACCAUCAUCUGUCUGAUCAUGUACUUUGUGCUGUACGACGAGCCGGGCUACGAGUACUUUGCGAUCCAGGAGGUAACGAUCGCGGAAACGCUCAUGUACACGGUGACGGCGGUGGCGGUGGUGGUGGCGAUGCUGCGGAUGCGUGAUCUGCGUUACCAGCGCCGGAAGAACGAUCACCAUGCCGGUUCGAUCAGUCUCGACUGUACGCUGCUCGUGCUCGCCCAGACCGGUGUGUACGUGUACGGGAUGUUUAGUAUCGUCGGGAGCUACUUUUCGCUCCAGCAGGAGGUUCGUGGUGCGCGGGAGGGGCUGGUGGCGGAGCUGCUCGGGUUGCUGCAGACCUCGCUCCAGACGCUGUUCAUCUUGAACGCGGUGUGGCGCCGGUGCCGCGGUGCACAGCAGAACCGCACCAAACCGGGCCGCCAGAUCGUGACGUUUCUGCUGGUCGCCAACAUGGCGAUGUGGUUCAUUAACACGCUGAUCAAGGGGCGGGCCAGCUUCCGGCCGUCCCAUCUGGACUUCUUCGGUACGUGGGCCUGGACCGUCAUCACGCACGUUUCGAUGCCGCUCGCCAUCUUCUACCGGUUCCACUCGACGAUCUGUCUGUUCGAGAUCUGGAAGUCGACGUACAAGGUGAAGGAGCAUCAUUAGCGCGCUCACCCUACCUUUCUCCACCGGAACAGUAUUACUUUCCCCCGCCUUCCCGUAGCCUUUCGGGAUUUGCCUAUCGUGCCCUGCAUUGCCCGUUUCUGUAUGUGUUUGUUAGCGCUGUGUGUGCAUUAGACAAUAAAUUUUUGGUUGUUCUGUUUUGA